AUGCAGCGAUUCACGCGCGAUGAGCUGGAGGCGCAGGCUGUAGAGAGGAGGACGGGCGGGCUCGAUGAGGCCAAGGAGCUUUGGACCCGGGUGAACAUGUGCGCGUUCAUCAAGGCCCUUUGCGGGAAGCUGGAGAUGACUGAGUUCGGGAGGUGCAUGGCGAACGCGUUCUUCCAGAUCGGCGCGCAUCGCAAGUGGCCGGGGGAGGAGCGCGCGCGCGUGGAGGCGGCCACGGCCGCCGUUCUCCUGGCGUCCAAGGCGGUCGACGAGCUGCCCUCGCCGCAGCUGAAGGUCGUCACCGAGACCGCGUACGCCUUCCGGUACAACAUCAACGUCAACGCGGUGCCGGACAAGCUCGCCGAGUUCACCGCGGCGGUCGUCGGGUGGGAGAAGUGCAUGCUCCUGGCGCUCAACUUCGACCUCCUCGUCGCGGACAUGCAGGCGGCGUUCCGCAGCGUCGAGGAGGCCGCCGACAUGAUGUGCGCCCUCCUGGACCUCUCGAGCGUCCCCGAGCCGCGCCGCCCGCACGCAGCGGCCAACAUCCGCAAGGCAGUGGUGCAGCGCGCCAUGCGCGAGCUGACGGACAGCAUGAAGACGCGGUGCAUCCUGAUGCUCGCGGGGCGCGAGAUCGGCGUCGCCGCCGUCGCGCGCGCGCUGGCCGCCUCGACGAAGCAGGGCGUCGUGCCGCGGGGGGCUGUGCCGGACGUCAGCGGCCAGCCGUGGCACGCGGUCCUGGGGGUGCCGGAGCCCGCCGUGGGGGCCUUCAACGACGAGGCGGACCGCAUGAUGCGCGCCGUCGCGGCGUCCUCGCGGCAGGCGGUGCCGCGAGCCAAGUGA